AUGGGCCCCAUAAUUAACAUUUUCAUUGGAAAUACUGGAACAUGUCGAUUUAGCAGCGAAUGUAUAGGUGACUUCUUUUGUUGGAAUGGUUACUGUUGGGCGAAAGGAAGAGCAGAUGACUCUUGCCUUGAGGAUGAUCACUGCAUUUCUGGCCUUAUUUGUUCCAAUUUUCUCGACGCAGGAGAAAAACUAGACGGCAGAUGCGUUCCACAUAAAAAGAGUUCUUACUCUUCAUAUUCAACGAAUAUUAGUACUAUUGCUACAACAAGCCAAACUGCACUUACAACGAAAGCUGACAAUAUCGAAACAACCACUAACAAUAUUAAUAAUCGUAGUGAAAGCAGUGCCACUUUCGAAACAACUCCAUAUCCACGAACAGAUGAGACCACUUUUGAUUCAACAACGAUCUCAGUGACUGACGAAUCAACAUAUGAAAGUGUAGCUUCAGAGACA